CUCCUCCGCCGCUCCAUGGCGGCUCCGGCCCCGCGGCCGCCCGGCCUGUGCUGCUGCCGCAAGAGCUCCGCGGGCGGCCCGGAGGCUCCGCCGGUCCCUCCGCCUCCUCCUCCCGAUCCACCGCCGCCUCCGGACGUGGCGUCGGCCUCCAGCUCGCAGCUCUUCGCCCUCCGCCACCUGCACCUGGGGCUGGAGCUGCGGCCCGAGGCGCGGGCACUGGCGGGCUGCCUGGUGCUGGAACUGUGCGCGCUGCGCCCGCAGCCCUGCGCUUUGGUGCUGGACGUGCACCCGGCUCUGCGCGUCCUCUCGGCCGCCUACCGCCGCGCCCCGCCGGGGGAAGCCCCCUGCUCCUUCGCCUUCUCCCCCGCCGAAGCCGCCGCCGCCUCCUCUUCCUCUUCCUCCUCCUCUGCCGCCCCGGACCCGCCGCCCCCUCCGCCCCCGCCGCCGCCCUGCGCUCCUCCGCCGCCGCCGUGCUCCGCCGCCGCCGCGCCCUCCACCGCCACCUUCCUCUCGGCUCCCUGCAUCGCCGCGCCUCCUGCGGAGCCGCCCGCCGGGCCCCCGCCGCUGGCGGAGCCGCCGCUGCCGCUGUUCGCCCGGCCGCCCGCCGCCUCCUGCCCGCUGGGCUUCCGCGUGGACCCCUUCACCGACUACGGCUCGGCCCUGACGCUGUCGCUGCCCGCCGCCCUGCAGCCGCACCAGCCCUUCCAGGUCAUCGUCCGCUACACCACGGCCGACGGCCCCGCCAUCUGGUGGCUGGACCCAGAGCUGACGUACGGCAACGCCAAGCCGUUUGUCUUCACGCAGGGCCACUCGGUGUGUAACCGCUCCUUCUUCCCCUGCUUUGACACACCAGCGGUGAAAUGCACCUAUUCAGCCACCGUCAAGGCUCCAGCAGGCAUGCAGGUGUUGAUGAGCGCCACUCAAAGCACCUUCGUAGAAGACAAAGGAGUGUAUCAGUUCUACAUGGAACAUCCAGUUCCUGCCUACCUCGUGGCCCUGGUGGCAGGAGACCUUAUACAUGCAGACAUAGGUCCAAGGAGCAGAGUGUGGGCAGAGCCUUGCCUGCUGCCAACUGCCAUCAGCAAGCUUUCUGGCAUGGUCGAGCGCUGGCUGACUGCUGCAGAGAGCCUGUAUGGCCCAUAUAUCUGGGGAAGAUACGACAUUGUUUUUCUUCCUCCAUCCUUCCCUAUUGUUGCCAUGGAAAACCCAUGCCUGACUUUCAUCAUUUCUUCCAUUCUGGAGAGCGAUGAGUUUUUAAUCAUUGACGUCAUUCAUGAAGUUGCCCACAGCUGGUUUGGAAACGCGGUCACCAACGCCACGUGGGAGGAGAUGUGGCUGAGCGAGGGGCUGGCCACGUACGCGCAGCGCCGCAUCACCACUGAGACCUAUGGGGCUGCUUUCACGUGCUUGGAGACGGCGUUCCGCCUCGAUGCUCUCCACAGACAGAUGAAGCUCCUUGGAGAGGACAACCCGGUCAGCAAGCUUCAGGUUAAACUGGAGCCAGGUGUAAAUCCUAGUAAUUUAAUGAACCUCUUCACCUAUGAGAAAGGCUACUGCUUUGUUUACUACCUGUCUCAGCUGUGUGGUGACCCAGGACGCUUUGACUCCUUCCUCAGAGCCUACAUUGAGAAGUACAAAUUUACCAGUGUUGUGGCUCAGGAUCUUCUGGAUUCCUUCCUGAAUUUUUUUCCAGAUUUGAAAGAGCAAUGUGUUGAGAGCAAAGCAGGACUGGAGUUUGAACGUUGGCUCAAUGCUACAGGACCUCCGUUAGCUGAGCCAGAUUUAUCUCAGGGAUCCAGCCUGACCAGACCGGUGGAGACGCUCUUCAAACUCUGGACCGCUGAGCCUCUGGAUUUUGAUGCUGCUGCCAGCAGUGCUGACCUCACUAAAUGGAGAACGUUCCAAACCGUGCUCUUCUUGGACAGGUUGCUGGAUGGGUCACCGCUGCGCCAUGAGGUGAUAAAAAGGCUUUCGGAAUGUUACUCCUCUCAGCUGGACUCCAUGAACGCAGAAAUCCGCAUCCGCUGGUUGCAGAUUGUAGUCCGCAAUGACUACUACCCAGACCUUUACAAAGUCCGUCGCUUCUUGGAAAACCAGAUGUCUCGGAUGUACACAAUUCCACUUUAUGAGGACCUUUGCACUGGCACGCUCAAGUCUUUUGCCUUAGAAAUUUUUUACCAGACCCAAAACCAGCUGCACCCCAACUUGAGGAAAACCAUCCAACAGAUUUUAUCACAGGGCUUAAAUCCACUUCCUGCCAUAGACACUACAGCAGGCACUGCAGACACACCAGCAAUGGUGCUUGAGGACAAAGUCUCAGAGGCCACAAACGGUGCCAUUUCACUCAGGGAUGUUAAUGUGUCUGCUUAGAUCACCAGCUCACACCAGCCACAGAGCUUGAACGCGGGGACAGGAUCAGAGAUGCCAAGUGUCGCCUCCUUUCCCUCAGCCCUGCAGCUGCAGUGUGCUGUUGUAACUGGAUUUCUCUUCCAAAACACAUAGGAAAUGUGCCUUCAAGUAUCCAGUGUGUGACGCUGCCAGGCUUCAGAGAUCUUCAGCUGUGGGAUGGAUAUUUGGAUUCGGUUUGUGCCGCGCGUGGACUCCUGGGCAGCUGCCUUUGCAGGGAAUAUGGGUAGUUCUCUUUCCUGAGGCUCUUCUGGUUGGUUUCUCCGAGGUUCCUUGUUUGUUUUCUUUCCAUCUGCACUCACUGAGGCAUGUCCUACUUGCUUUGUGUAUGUUGCUGAGGAGUGUGUGCGUGUCAAUCUGCCGUUAUCCUGAUAGUUGGGCUGAAAUUUUGCAGACUCAGAAUUCUCAGUGGCAGUAGACACGUUUUCAUGUCAUGCUCUUACUGUGACAGAGGUAUCAUCAUGUGGGAAGCAGGGUCUGAUGCUCAGAUAACUACGAAAUGAAAUAGCUUCUGUUUCCCUCAUCCCCCUACUCCAGGUGGCUUAAGAAUAAUAAUGCUUUAUACAUAUAUAUAUAU